AUGGGGGCGCACCGAGGUUGUUCAGAACACCGCACCGUCCAUCGCCAACAGCGCCAAUUCACCAUAUCUGUAUUACCGCCUCCCACCACAUCCGUAGCGUCAUCCCGACCCGACGACACCACCACCACCACCACAACCCGUGUUGCCGGACUCUCCAAGGCGUCGCCCACGCCGCCUCGAUACCGCUACCCCGAGCCCGAUACCCCCGUUGUCAUGGACGAGAAGCACGGCUACCUCGAAUAUCGCCUAGCCACGCCCCCGCCGUCGUACCCGAUGACUUCGCGCGUCGCCCGGAGAAAGGGCCUCUUGCCCGUGCUGGCCAUGGCCGCGCUGUUCGCCUGGAGCUGCUGGGGCUAUCUGCGUCUGCCGACGGCCCCGGCCCGUACCGGCGUCGUCCCGGACGGCGCUCCGGCGGCUGCCGUCAAGGAUCUGGUGCCCUUGGAGGCGCACAUCAUGAGCAAGUGUCCGGAUGCUAGGGAUUGCCUGAGAGAUUUGGUUCUGCCUACGAUGAUGAAGGUCCAGGACAAGGUCAACUUUACUCUCUCGUACAUUGGCACACCGACCGAGAAUGACGGCGUCGACUGCAAGCAUGGCCCUUCAGAAUGCAUGGGAAACAUCAUUGAGCUUUGUGCCGCCCAUCUCUACCCGAACCCCAAGAUCAACCUCGGCUUCACCAUGUGCCUUACCCGCGAGUACAGCGCCAUCCCCGACCGCACCCUCGUCGAGGACUGCGCAUUGGAACACGCCAUCGACAUCCAGGCCCUCAACGACUGCGCCACCGAGGAUGACGGCGGCUUCGGCGUCGGUAUGCUGCGCGACAGCGUUCGUCGGAGCAAGAGUGUGAGUCUAUUUCCCAUUAUUUAA